UAGAGAGAGAGAGAGAGUGCUGACGCCGCCUGUCCCCUGUCCUGUGCUGCUGCUGGUGCUGCUCUUGCUGCUGCUCCUCCCGUGCGGACCGUGCAGCCAGCAGCCAUGGGCAACGCACAGCCUGGAACUCCAGGCCACAGGACUCAGCCAGGCACCCCAGGAUCAGGCAGAGGAGCCGGGUACGGCGGUGCUUCGAGAUCGGGCUCCACCUCCGGGAAGCCUCCCAUGAUGAACGGCACCCGAGGGGAUAAUCACGCGGCGGGGGCAGGGGCACAGAUGGCAGCCGAGCAGAAGCCUCCGGAGGAAGACAAGAGCUACCUGGACGCCCCGGCCGGCGCCCUGCCCCCGCCCCUGGCGCGCCUGAAGAACGAGGGCAACUUCCUCUUCAAGAACGGCCAGUUUGGAGACGCACUGGAGAAGUACGCGCAGGCCAUCGCGGGAUGCGAGGAGGCAGGUAUCGAGAGUCCAGAAGACCUGUGUAUCCUCUACUCCAACAGGGCAGCUUGUUACCUCAAGGAUGGCAAUAGCUCAGACUGUAUAGCAGACUGCACCAAAGCUCUGGAGCUGCAGCCCUGGUCCCUGAAGCCUCUGCUGAGGAGGGCCACAGCCUACGAGUACCUGGAGCGCUACCGCAAGGCCUACGUCGACUUCAAGACCGUGCUGCAGAUCGACGUCAGCGUACAGGCGGCCCACGACAGCAUACACAGGAUCACCAAGGUCCUGAUCGAGCAGGACGGCCCCAACUGGAGGGAGAAGCUUCCGGAGAUCCCGGUGGUUCCGCUGUCGGCCCAGCAACACCGGAGAGAUGAGCCCACAGAGGAGCAGCUCGCGGCCCGCGCCGCCCGGAAGGCAGAGGAGGAGGCCAGGAAAGCGGAGGUGCGUUUCAACGGUCUGAAACAGGAGGGGAAUGACUUGGUACGGAAGGGCCGCUUUCAGGAUGCCCUGGAGAAAUACUCUGAGUGUCUGCAGAUCAAGCCAAACGAAUGUGCUGUCUAUACAAACAGAGCCAUCUGCUAUCUGAGGGUAAAUCGUUUCCAAGAGGCCAAGGAAGACUGUGACUCAGCCUUGAAGAUCGAGCCAGCCAAUAAGAAGGCCUUUUACAGACGAGCGCUCGCCCACAAAGGCUUGAAGGACUACCUGUCGGCCAGCACUGAUCUGCAGGAGGUGCUGCAGCUGGACCCUAAUGUGCAGGAGGCGGAGCAGGAGCUGGAGCAGGUCACCACGCUCCUCAGACACAGCCUCAUGACCAACACGCAAGGCUGAGGAGGGAUUGUGACGCUUCACUGUUGGACUUCCAGGGACAAGUCUGGGCAUGUGCAGUGGCUUCAGAACACAGGAGGACAGACCAACAGACAGACUGAUUUGCUUUUAUUUAUUUUUUUAACCAGACUGAAGAGACCACUUGCUUGGCCUGUUGUUGUCACGGCAGCGUGCUGUUACAAGUCCGAGUGUCAAAGAUGCCCAAAAUCUCCACUAACAAGCAAAGAAAGCAAACACUCGCUCGCUGGCUGGCUGGCUGCUGCUCUCACCAAGGCUGCUCUCUCCCCUGUGGCUGUCUCUCUUGUCUUUUCUGUCCAUGAUGCUGUGAAGCAGACACAAGGCUGCUCAUGACACUUAACAGUACGUACGCCGCAUCACAUCCCAACUGCACAGCACAUUACAGCCGCAUGGCGUUUUGCCAUUCAAUAACACAAUGUCAUUGAUCUCCUGUCUUAGCCUGGUCCUGACCAUCCCAUAAUACUACCAUUUCACAAUCUCUUGGCGGAAGUACGUAGGAUGGCGCGCGGCGCGAGGCUACUCCUGGUCAACUGGAACAACCAAACCCAGCAUUUUAGUGCAUUUACCUAGUAGUUAGGAGUUGGUUUUCUUCAGGGUCCAUGAGACUGUGAUGCAGAACCAGCGGCAGACCAUCAGACCACACAUCACCAGGGCCGGAUUAACGCACGGGCUAGAUAUGGCUGCAGCCUAGGGGCCCCCACCUGUCAGGGGGGCCCUGACUGGCCAAAAAUAGAAAAUUGCAGAAUUGUAACAGAUGCAAUAUUGAAAAAUUAAUUUGUCACGUUAGUCUACAGUUGGUAGACAUGUUAUCCUUAAUUCCUAGCUCGUAACCAUGUAAAUUUCACAAAAUUUCCCCUCCGGGGGGGCCUCACAGCAACCUGUAGCCUAGGGGCCCCAGGCCAUCUUAACCCGGCCCUACACACCACAUCCCAGCUGCAUGACCUUCUGCCAUUCAUGCAAUGCCAUCGAUCUCCUAGUAAACUCAAACAAACACAUUUAGUAUUUCAGCAUGUCGUAGGUUCCUAACCGAGAGCCUACAGACGGGACUUCGCGGUCCACAAUGCUGUGAUUAGAGUCAUGCAGGUCCAGCUCAUCGGAUAGCAUUACGGUACGUCAGAGUUGCAUGCCCGCCUUUGGCAAGUCUUCAUUAACUCGCACCAUCCAUCCCAAUCCCAAUUUCCUGGUGACCUGGAAUCAACCAACCAAACGCAGCAUUGCAGCGCUUUAUGCGGGCUCAGUAUAGCCUGACAGACAUGCGUCAUCUUCAGGAUCCGUCAGACUGGCUGACUGCUGUCUGUGGUGAUGCGUAGAUCAUAAAGGCUGUGCAAGCUACUACUACUCCUCACCCUCAGGACCACCUGUGUGUGUCUGUGUGUAUGUGUCAGUAGGUUUACAUGCACAGCUUAGUUCGGCAGUAAUCGAGCUAAGCCUGGAACUGCAUACUAAAUGUGUGUGUGUGUGUUUGUGUGUGACUGUGUACGCGUGCGUGUGUGUUGGCCUGGGCAUGUACAGUACAGGGGUGAAAAUGUGCCUUUUGCAAGCAGAGCCCAGGACAUGCCACGUUAUUGCCACACACAUGGAGAGAAUGCUCCUUCACUUCAGACGCUUCCCUCCAUGACUAACAAUGGCUGAAAUACGAUGCAAUACAGCAAUACAGACACAGAACAUGCAGCCUAAUAACAAAAGCUUUUAUUUAUGCUCUCCUGACCAAAAAAAGAAAAAAUCCCACGGUUGCGUCUUGCAUGCACACACACAGAGAACACCCAGAUUGGCUAUAAUGCCUUUGAGCCAGUAGUGCACCAAGAGUAAAAUGUGCUUAAUUAUUUUACUUAUUUUAAAAAAUGAUUGCAUUUUGUGCAGAAAGCAUUAGAGAGUCUAUUCCAAACAGGUGGCAGCAGUGUUAGGCUACAGAGGGCACAAUUGCAUAUUUUUAUGUAUUCUAUUUAUGUGUAUGUAUGUACGUAUGUGUGAAUGUAUGAAUGUAUGGCCUUUGGGUACAUCUCAACUAAGAUAAAGUCAUUUGGUAACACUUCAUUUUGAGGAGAUUACAUGAGGGCAGCGUUGCCAGAUGUGCAAUAAUUAUCAUAUUUAUACCAUAAUUUUGUUCAUUUCGUCCUCGAUCAAAAAAACCUGAUGUACGAUCAUUUCAGAGUUAUCAUUCAGUUCAGAUAGCUCUAGUAGGUCUACAGCUCGACACAGCGCGACUCGGCCGGAGCUGUGUCAUACCCAAUCGAAAAGCAAAAAGUGGCAGCCGAGUAGCGCUGUGUCGAGCUGUUAGGCCUACCAGAAAAACGGCAGAAAAGAGCCUUUAGAUACCUUGAAACAAUAAUUUGGGUCUUGUACAAUAAUGUCCUCCCCAAAAUCGAUAUUUUUGAGAUUUUGGUACGAUAAUUCAGCAUUUUUCAUCUGGCAACACUGCAUAAGGAUGUCAUGUAGCUGGCAUAAGAAUGACAUGACAUGUUGGGAAUAAUGACACAUUAUUGAUGUUAAUGACAGUUGUCACAGUUGCUGCGUUUACAUGAUGUUUUUAAUGCUGAAUGAAUCAAGUUGACAUUGUUUGGGUGUCAUGAUAUUCCAAAACCUGAAUUACAUAUUAUGACAACAUUUAUAAACAUCAAUAAUGUGUCAAUAAUGUUCCUGACAUGGGAGAUGUUAUUCUUAUGACAGUUCCAUGACGGUCUUUGUUUAGUGUACCCUUCAAAUAAACUGUUGCCAGUCACUUAUCUUUUAAGUCAUUGUCCAGAUUCAUCAUUAGAUGCAUUUUAUCAGAUAUUUAAGUGAUGCAGCAGCUUCAAUCUUCUGGGAAAAUAAAUUACAUUUGUUUCCAGCUUCCUCAUACUGAACUUUUCUCCAAAAUCACUUUCCUUUCUUGUUUUUUCUUCUUCUUUUAAACGUUGACUAGAAUGUGGUGUAAUUGCCUUUAAACGGUAUGACUUGCAUAACAAUGAUGAGUCUUUUGAAAUGGUUUAUGUAAACCUCUAGUUUGAGCUGUAUGUUGGAUGGCAAAAAUGAUAGUGAUACAUCAGGUUAAAAAGGUCACAAUGACGUCAGUUCAAACGAUGCCCAGCCUCGGACCUGUACAGUAACUUUUGCUUGACAAAACCAUUCUAGCAUGUUUUUUUCAUGCAAUGUAUUAAAGUCAAAGAUAUCAAAACAAUUCUUUGU